AAUUUCGACUAAAAAAAUAUAUAUUUCUAUGCGAUAAACAACAUUUGCUCCGAUUCCUGUUGAAACUAUUGAGUAUCGUAACUCUCCCAAAAACCUAUUUACAGUUCAGUUGUCCGUGUUUCAGGCAUGUGGUUAUAGUUGUAUAGUCUAAACUAAUUCUUGUAGCAGUGUUCUUUUUUUUUCCUUUCUUCUUGAUUAACACUUGGCUCGAUUGAACGAUGGAAGCACGACGCCUCGAGCGACAGCGCCGGGACUCGGCGAAGAGCACCGCCGUGGACAAGCUGCCGUCGACACAGGACGAGGAGUUCCACUUGCGGCUCAUCGACCUAUACGGCAAGUAUCCGUGCCUGUGGAAGACAACCAUCAGUGACUAUGAGAAUGCGGCCCUGAAGCGUCAGGCCUGGCAGGAAAUCAGCAACCAGCUGGGCCCCCACCUCUCGCCCUCGUUCGUGCGCAGCCGUAUCAGCAGCAUGCGCUAUCGCCUGAACGUCUACAAGCUGCAAAUGAUCGAGUACAAGAUGAGUCCGGCCAGCGGCAAGCAGCCGGAGAAACUCUACUACAUCGAUAGAUUCAGCUUCCUCGACGAGCCGAGCGGCUCGCAGCCGCCGAACGAGAAGGCGCAGUCGGAGUGCGAUCUGGGACAGGACAAGAAGAAGCUGAAGAGCCAAAAGUCCAGCAUUGCCAAUCUAUUCAAGCAGCGCAUCCAACAGCAGCAGCAGCAGCCGGCGCAGCUGCCGAGCGUGCUGCAGCGGCUCAGCCAGAGCGAUCGACCCAGCGGCGGUGUCAAGGAGCAGCCGGAGAGCACCCUGGACGACUAUUCGGACUUUAGCAUUGCCAGCGUUGUGAGGCACCGGGCGCCGCACCAGUCUAUACUAGCGAAGAACCGUAUACGCGCCGGACCGGACGUUCGCUUGAGUGACCUGCGCAAGCAAGUGGUUGGCGAUCAACUGGCCGCCGCUGCGGCCAAGCCGGGACCCUCGGGGCCACCUCCAAAUCCUGACAUUGACAAUAUGCUCCAGAAGCGUAUGCGUCGCCUGGGCAUGGCCGAGUUGGGCAAAGAGUCGCCCGCCGACAGCCUGGACAGCUUCGCCGACUAUCGCAGCUCCCUGAUCAAUAUACCCAGCGUGGUCAAGAAGCGGAUGCGACAACAGCUCCAGAUCGGCAUAUCGCGCGCCUGGGACGAUGACAAGAGCCACAGCAAUAGGCCGGACUCCCAAUUGAGCCUGCCACAGCCCUCGGCGCCCCUACGCGCCAUGCCCGGCGACUCGGUGUCGAAGACUAAAGUCAGCAAACACCUGCGCCAGCCGAAGCCAGUGAUUGGCUCCGAAGAGCAGCUGUCCGACGAGGAGGACUUCUAUCGCCUGCAUUGGUCGUUGCGCCAGCAGCAGCGCUCCCGUCGCUCCGGCGGCAAAUCACCCAAUCGAGACCUACCGCAGCCGGUGCCGCCCCUACUGCUCGGCCGCUGCACCACCUCCAGCAGCAACAUGGAGAGCGUACACGAACACCAGCUAUAGCCAUGCAAUCAAUUAGUGCUACACACCAUAGCGAUACACUAUAGCCCACAGCACCCACACCCUCCUCACCAUUGAUUUUAAAUUUUGUAACUAUGAUUACCAGUACCAAUCGUUCCAGUAGCAUUAGCUGAUGUUCACAUCACGUUCCCACAUACAACAGUUCGAUUUUACUACCACAACAUAUCCGUUCGGAGAAGCAACUCAACUGCAAUAAUAAACAUCGGAAUCACUAAGCGCGGACCAAUUUUCGUAUACAUGUUUACAUAGAGGUUAGAUGCAAAAAACUCGGAUCAAAUUAAAUUAUAUAUUUCGAUAAGCAAUUCAAUAUUAAUAAACUAAGGAAUCAAAA